CAAGAGUGACCAGUGAAAUGUCCAAGAGCUCCCCCAGCACAUUUUGGAGGAUCUUUCUCGGAAGGUGGUCGAGGUGCGGUCACGAAUCCUACGGACUCAACGCAGGUGGUCCGUGCUUCAGUCAACCUGCAUCUUCCAGUUGUUGACGGGAACCACUGCGGAACAUGGAAGCGGUCCUUCAUAGUUUGGAUAGACGUCCAUUGCUAUCGCUACUGUGGUGAUUGGAAACGUCUCUUUAUUCGCUGGAGUUGCUACUGUCUACUUGAUCGUUGCAUGUAACCAAUCGAAGGAGCACUCUCACAAAAAUCGUUGGAACAGAUCGACGCGCUGCUAGAAAAGGCACUCUCAGAGCUAGCAAGAUGGACGACGAUGGCAUCACGGAUCAAUGGGAUAACUGCAGCAAGUUAGAUGUGUACCUUGGUGACCCGGCAAACCUGUCCAAUGAGCUGAAUCGUGUCAGGAAGAAGAUUGGCCUUGGUAGCAUGAAGGCUCUCCAUUUCCACAUUGAUCCAUCACGAGUGCAUACCACAGCAUCCAUGUUGACCUUUUUCAAGCGCAUCCUUAGCCUAGUGCCACAAAUCACCAAGAUCCACAUUGGAAGUCAUGAAAUCUUGCAAAUCAUUGGAAGAGGUGGAUCCGCCAAAAUCCCAGUCUCGGUGGUGAUUGCCAUUAUUGAGCAGUUGCUGCGCCGCCGACGCUAUCCGCUCGGUUGUGUGAGAUUCUUCAAUGUCAAAUUGGAGGGCAGCUGGCAGGACUUUCAGAAUUUUGGAUCUGUGGUUCGGCGCAUUGACCAUUUGGAACGAUUUAAUCUGGAUAAGGUCACACUGUUGGAUACAGUACCGGCAUCGCAGGUUCCUCCGAAUGCUACCCCUGGCUGUUGGUUGGAUCCCGUCAUGCAAGCCGUGGCUACCCUACCUCGCUUGAAGCACUUAAGAGUCCUGGGAAGUUCUGAUUUUGGUCUCAUGAAUGCCUUGACGGGACGCCUAGAGGAUAUGGAUUCGGUCGUACAGAGUCAGACUCUUCGAUUGAUUUGUUCUUCCAACAGUCUCGUCUCGCUGUGUCUGAUCCAUUUCAAUAUUAGUGACGAUAACACGGUCGCCAUGGCAAGAGCCCUCGAGAGCAACCGUUCGUUGCGUGAGUUGGAUAUUGAUGGGACUUUGGGAAGUGACAGUGCCCGAGCACUGGUAUCGCUCAUGGAACACAACAACUUUCUGGAGGAUCUCAAUAUCUGCAUCAGGGGACCUGGAGAAAAUGAUGACAGCAACGCCACAGAACUGAUGAAGCAGAAGGACGCGGAAAUCAUCAAAGCAGAAGAUGAAGUCAAUCUACGGCUGGCAGAGGGGGUUAAAAAGUCGACGUUGGUCAACUUUGCCCUAUUUCGAGGACGCAUCAGUGUCAAGUCGCAAGAUGCAUUCCGGAACAUGGUGAAGGAACAGUACUGUUUGGAGUCGCUGACACUCUACACGGGUGACGACAGCCUCAACCGAAAACUAGCGAAAGAUGAAACCAUCAAGUUUCAUUGCAAGCUGAAUAAGAUGGGCAGACGACAGCUCCUGACGGGUAAACCACAGACGAAACCGUGGAAGGAGGAAUGGAAAGCAAAGAGCGAAGUCUCGCGUCCCCUCGAAAAGUUCUCUUCCCGUGAACAUUGUUUGGUGGACAUUCUGGCUCGAUCCUUGGAUGAUUUGAGCAGUGUUUUUUAUUUCUUGACAAUUAACCCUUGCAUUUGCGACUCGGCAUUGCAGAAACUUGUAUCCACGGAGGAACAAGAAAAGGUCAAGAAGCGCAUGCGCAAGAAGCGCAAGUCAACGACUGCGACAGCUGCUCCAUCCAACAAGCGAACACGGUUGUAUCGAGCUGCCAAGUAUCGCGGAGUUUCUUACAAGUAGAGAAAUCUCUCACAACAAUCCUCCCUGCGUAUGAUCCACUCUAUUUCCAGGAACACAACGCCAAUGUAUCCUGGCGUUGGAAGCGUCUUCUUCCUGAAAACUUUAAAUGGCGAUGGUGUAUAUUCAUCCUGUACACUACACAACAAAUUUAUUUACUUAUACAGCAACAACUAUAGAAUCCAUUACUUCUUCCC